AAGGUUUCAUCUUCUUCAACACACUUCUCAUCUCCAUCUCAAACGACUGAUUUUCCAAAGAAACCCUACCUGCGGCGCUGAUUCACGUCGGUUUCUGGUACGCUGAUUGCAUUGAUGGAAGGAAACACUGCCAUUUGGUUUUCGACCGUUCAGAUCUAAUUCAGUUCUAAGGUAACAUUAUUCGUAUUUGAAGACGUUAGUGAUUAACACGUUAAAGAUGGCAUAUACGUUGCUUUCAUCGAUCCUAAUUGGAUUCGGUGAUUUUAUUGAAUUGUCUAUGCUCAGCAGUGUUCACCGCCGGAACUAUCUACAGUUUGCUUUUAAUCGUUACCACACAUUCCUGGCCAGGAUUUGGUAGUAUUUAUGUUCCCUUUCUUAACCUUCAUUGCUUUGCCUCCUGAAGAAUGUUCUCUGCCGCUGAAGGCGUCGUUAUCUGUUGGUACUUUUAACGAACUAUCAGCUUUAUUAGAACACAUUUUUGACGAUCUACGAUAUGUUUACUUCUUUUACACAUGUGUGUCAUCAACAACAAGGUAUGAUUCCCAAGAGUUUUUCUUGGACAAGGAUAAACUCUACACAUUUUCUGCUUGGUUGCAAAUAAGCAAUGGAGAUGCUACUGUUGUCGCUACAUUUAAAACACCAACAGGGUAUCAUGAUGCUGGCUCCACCAGAGCUAAAUCUGGUUGCUGGUCCAUGCUUAAAGGUGGCCUGACCGUGAACAAGUCUGGCCCGACCCAUCUCUAUUUUCAGAGUGAAAAUCCGUCGGUUGAUAUAUGGAUCAAUAGCGUUUCAUUACAACCCUUCACAUCUGAAGAAUGGAAAUCUCACCGGUAUCAAAGUGUUGAAAAGGUAAGGAGAAGUAGGAUGAAAAUUCAGGCACUUGAUGGUGAAGGAAAACCUCAGGCAAAUAGGACACUAAUCAUUGCUCAAAAGUUUACAAGGUUCCCAUUUGGAUGUGCCAUUAACAAGAACAUUUUAACCAACCAAGCCUAUAAAGCUGGUUCAUUUCUAGAUUCAAAUACACCACAUUCGGAAACGACAUGAAAUGGUACUCAAACGAAGCUAGCCAAAAUCGCGAGGACUACAGCACAUCAGAUGCGUUACUUCAAUUCACAAAAUGAAAUUGCAUUUCGGUGCGAGGCCACAAUGUGUUCUUAAUUUACACAUAAUUUACUCCUUGCUUCUUGACUUUCUUUUCAACUGAUGUGUAUAUAUGCUUUUAAAUGAAUUUUAGUUGCUAGGUUAUAAUUAUGAUGCUUACUUUAGUUUUGUACACAGAUUGUAUGUAUACCGGAUCAAGAGUUUAAGAAUGAGAUGCUUCUUAAUUUAAAGCAUCAAGGAAUGGAUAUUAAGGACUGGAUAUUAAACUGAGGAUUCUAAUUCUUAAUUUACAGAUUCAUGCAUUUCACUAGGUGACUUGGUUAAUCUAUGAUGCAAAGGUACUUCAUCCUUUAAUAAGAAACCCUAGAUGCGAUAUGAAAAUUUGAAGGUUAGAUUAAACCCCAUAGUAUGAUUUCUUAUGUUGCUUGCUCUCUGCUUUUUGUGGCCGCAAUCAAGGUUAGCUUACAAUUUUUAUUACUGUUUUUAGUAUUUUUUUUCUUUAGAGUAAAUUACAAAAAUCGUCCUCUAUGUAUGUCACUUAUUGCAAACUGUGUCCUUUUUCUUUAAUAAUUACAAAAAACGUAGUCGAUGUUUGCAAAUCCUUGCAAGGUAUGUCCUUUAGUCCUAACUCAGUUAAUUUUUUGUGGUUAAAUAUGACCAAAUGGACCCCACGUGAGGGUAUUUUUGUGGUUAAAUCUGACCAAAUAGACCCCACAUGAGAGUAAAAUGACCAAAAUACCUUCAUGUGGGGUCCAUUUGGUCACAUUUAACCACAAAAAAACUUAACUGAGUUAGGGCUAAAGAUCAUGAAUGUUUAUAGUUGUGGGUGGGCUUGGGUUGUUUAAAGAUCAUGAAUGUUUAUCUAAAAUACUAAAAUUGUACGUAGUUAGGAUCUACAAGCUUAUAUGGUGAAAAAUUAGGGGUGUGGUGUCGCUUGGCUUAGCUUGGCGUGACCAUAUCUUAAUUUAUUCAGAUUACUCACUCAUCAGCUCUUAUAUUUUUACUAUUAACUUCUAUUUUUUAAAGUUUAUUAUUGAAGUUAAUUUGGUAAUAAUACUAAGUGAAUAUAGUCUAACGUACCUUUGCAUAGGUUAAGCUACAAAGCGUUGGUAGAAGGGCAAAGUAAUAACAAAA